AGCUCUGGCGUCACAACGAGGAGAGAAAGGGACGGGAUGAGUGUGAUCGGUACUGGAGCAUCACGAGUUUCGGGCAUUUGAUCUCGUGAGCGUAACAUUUGCGAGAGUGUUCGACUUCUCUCAAUGACUUCUUAUUAGCUACUUGUCUUUGUAUUGCUAUCAAAUAAAGGAACCAGCGGAGACGUACUAUAGCCCUCGUUCUCUCAAUUAAGCUCGACGUAGCUUCAACCCUACCCUUGUCCUAUUGUGCCCCCUCGCGUCCGUCUUCCACAAUGGAUAUCGCCUACGAUCAUAUCCUAGAGGAGGCCCUGAUUCCCGAUGAAGCUGCUCUCGAGCGGAGCCAGAACGAGAAGAAGCCAGAACAAGGUAGUCUCAAUACCGAGUUUCAGGAAGCUUACAAGGCCUUCUCCGCAAGUCCUUGGGGUACUCGUCUCGGUGGAAUUUGGGGAAAUGUCAGGAAACAGGGUGAAACGUAUCUCGAAGGCGCGAAGCAGGAAUACAAUGCUGCUAGUGAGCAAGCAUCCAAGGGCUUCACAGAUCUUCGCUCGAGCUUAAUAAAUCGCACGCGGUCACUCUCUCUUAACUCUCUCGGUCAGGAUACUGAAGGCCCUUCAUCAUCAUCCUCGGCUCAAGCGGGGACAGACGGGUCUACGACACCACAGGCUGGCUCCAGUGGAGAUAUAAUGUCUCAGUCCGAGAGCAUGCUCAGCCGCUUCAAAAGCGAAGCUGCAAAGGGGCUUCGAGAGAUUGAAAAGGCCGAGGAUGCUGCAGACGAGGCUCUGCUGAAAUUUGGUGUCAACAUCCGCAACUUCUUCCGCGAUGCGGUGUCGAUCGCUGCGCCAUCAGAAGAUGCUCAGGGCAAUGAAACUGGCGAGAGCCAAGUGCUUUUUGAAAGCAGAGAUCCCGAGGGAAAGCGAGUUAUCCAUACUACCCGCUUCGAUGCCCAGUUACAUGUCGUUCACUCGUCGCUUGACAGCUUCUUGCGAGAUCCGUCAAGCGCGGAAUAUGCUCCUUGGAAGAAGGACUUUGACGUGGAAAAGAAGACGGCUGAAAUCUCGACUGACCUCGAGAAGUAUCCUGAACUUCGCCGCGCUAUGGAGAAGCUUGUUCCGGAGAAGGUUGAAUAUGCCGAAUUUUGGACGAGAUAUUACUUUUUGCGGCACGUAGUUGAAACGGAAGAAAAGCGUCGAAAGGAGCUUCUUCGAGCCGCUGAGCCCGAUGACGAGGAAGAAGUCCCCUGGGACGAGGACUCUGAGGAAGAGGAUGCUACAACCCCUCAUCAGGCAAGCAGCCAGUCUGCGUCGACUGGAGCUCCUGCAGCAUCGCAGGCUCCCACUGCAGCCACAGCUGCCGAACCAAAAGACACCCUCAAGCCUGUCGCUGGACCCCGACGAUCGAAUGACGGACACUCGCAAGCCGACAGCGACGCGAGCUACGACGUUGUCAGCGGUGCCACGAGCCGAACUCCGGGCAGCCCCAAGGAGGACCGAAGGGAGACUGUCAAUGAAGAGAGUGACGAGGAGGACUGGGAGUAAAGUGCUCAGAGGUUGUAGCUGCAAAGUAUCAUAUCACUUGUUUCUCCGUACGGGUUUUUCAUGCGCCAGUCAUUCAAAUACUUUGGCGUUGGAUUUGGCAAUGCUUUUUUUAAAGCCUCUUGGGUCAUAGCUGGGAUUUCUCUUUUUGCUUUUUAUCUACCUACCUAUUCAAGCUUGCGUCACACGGACACUUUGACGCGACGGCGUUUCUUUGGUCAGGAUCAUGUUGACUUAAUAAUCUACUUAUUUCUAUUCUUCUCUCUGCUUUGACGAUUUGCGUAUUGAGACCCCCGCGAGCAUGUGAGAUGAGCUACUAUACAAGUGGGCAUACUGUGGAGGCACUAUGUGCAUCCGUGGAACAAACUAAAUACUGUAGACAAAUUUGGGCAAAGCAGACCAGCACGCUGUCCAAAGUAAAUAAUUGC